AUGAGACGUCCGACGACAACCUGGGGCUGCGCACUCGUGCUGAGCCUCCUAUUGCUCCAAUCCAAUCCCACUCUAGCUCUCGAUGAAUCCCUCUUUGACAACAAUUGCCAGUAUGAGACCUGUCGCCCCUGCAACGGCAUGGUUUUUAUGCGGCUGGACUACGCCUUACCCGAAAACUGCGCGUUUACGAGCGACUUCGUUUUUCCCCACGGCCACGUCUGCAACUUUGGCUGCGAUGGUGCACACUUCUUCACUCCUCGCUUUGUAUGCAUGGACGGGGAGUGGCGUUGGCCUCUUGAGGUGACCGCCAAUGAAACCUGCAGCUACUAUGCCGCCUGUACCUACAAUCGCAGUGCCGAGCACGGGCCCAGCUUGGAGUGUCCCGCGUGUGGCCGCUCCAGCACAAUCACCACGCUUCCAAGCCUCAUGUCUGCCGACCUUGAGUAUGUUGAUGUGAGCUGCCAAGCCCUUACAUCCAUUAGCCGUUUUACCAUGCUCAACCUCCGACGUCUUCGUUAUUUCAACGCCAGCCACAACGGCAAUGUAUUGAGCUCGUCCAAGGCCAUGCGCAUCCUGCUGGCCCUCGAAACCCUGGACGUCAGCUACACCGACCUUGAGGAUCAGCUUUUGAGCCCUCUCUUCUUGCCCUCCCUCCUGGAGAACCUGACAAGCUUGCAAUUGCAUGGCAUGCCCGUCCACUUUUUGGACCCAGACACGUUUGCUGGGACCUUUCCCAGGGCCUGCGACCGCAACUACAGCUUCGCUUUCUCGUCUCGUCUCGUCAAUUGCACGUGUGCCUUGGACCCCACCCCCGGCGACUGUGGUCGCAUCACCUGCUCCCCCUCUUGUUUUUCCAUACUGCCUGAGCCCGAGCCCAUAUCCUGCACCAACUACAUGCCCAACGGUACGGCUCUGCCCACGGCUUGGAGCGAAGACACGCUCGAUUCGCCCCAGCGCUUCUGCGACGGGCAUAUUGACUGUCGAAACGGCUUUGACGAGCAGAUCUGUGACUUCUACUUGAAAGCCGAUGACGACACCAAUCAGUUUGUUCAAGUCGUUCUCGUGGCACGUCACAGCACGGUGACCCGCUUUAUCAUGCGCCGCGGCCUGGCCGCUCUCAUGCCCGACUUGCAAGAGCCCAUCAAGAUGGCAGGCACUGACAACCUCUAUCGCAUUCAAAUGAUACUCAAGCCCACCUUUGAGGGCGACUUCAACCGCACCAUCUUUGGAGAGGAAUACCUCAGCUUCAAUACCACAGUCCGCAUUCUGAACCAGGCCCAAAGCCAGCUCAUUCUUCACAAACCCGACCAAGUUCCUUUAGUGAGCAACAUGUCCACUGUGUCUGGGUUUCCCAACUGGGCCCCCGGUGGGUUGGUAACCACAGCCUUUCCUACGUCAAGCACGCCCAAUGCAGUGACGACAGCUCCAAGAGGCCUGGCCUCACACUCUAAUCUCAACACGGGCGUCAUUGUUGGUGCAACACUGGCCUGCGUCCUGGUGUUGACUGCAAUCGGGGCGCUCCUGCUUGUCACCCGACAGCGGCAGCUCGCACCCACGCACCGAGCCCUUCACACUGCUCGCCUGGCCUUGCAAGCGUCCGAAAACUUGGGGGAAACCCUGCCCAAACUGGAGGCAGAAACACUUUUCCUUGAUCCCGACCAAUUUGACCUGGGACAGGAUUUGGGCAGAGGCCACUUUGGUCGUGUCGCGCAGGCGCGCUGGCACGAUGGAGAUCAACAGUCAUACGUGGCCAUCAAGAUUAUGCCCACCACUCAAAAUAAGAUUGCCUCGGCACUGGCAUUUUUGCACGGUCGUCAAACGGUGCAUCGGGAUCUCGCUAGUCGCAAUGUCCUUCUAUGCAACCUCCACACCUGCAAGCUGGCUGAUUUUGGCUGUAUGUUUCGUCUCGAGUCUGCGCCCAUCAUUGCCGCAAGUACUAACAUUCAUUAA